AUGCAGACUCCAGAAGUUUCAUCCCCCCAAAGCGGAUUAAAUGCCAUCGAAAGCAAUGCUCAAACCGUUCGCAACAUUAGCGCUGCUGUCAAGUUGUUGGAGGAUUACGGCUUGUCUUUUGACACAUCCGCAGUGUGCAUUGACACUAUUGAACAAAUACUCAUGACGGACUCGUGGGUUUGUGGUGAAUGCGGUAGCUCCAACGAACCGCUGUGCCCACACUCCAGCAAGCCACACCGACGUCGCCUUGUACUUAUUGCCCAAGAGAUCCUGCAGUGGGUCGGUCGGAAGGUGGGUAGGAUGUGUAAAAGACCGGCGCCUUUACGAGAACGUGUUGAUGGUGAUGUCAAGAUUCACACUCGGAGACGUGUUAUGAUGAAACCACACUUGCUCCUUCUUGCUUUUCACCUCGCGCGGCUUGACACUAAAGAAGUUCCUGAGAUGUUCGUUCAGUGCGCCCAGCACGUAUUGGAUAUCCUUCGGCAGCUUCAGACAUAUGGUAAACGCCUGAAAGAUCAAAUGAACGAGAGCUACUCGAAGAAUUUGCUCAAAUCCUUCUCAAGCGCGUGGCUUCAGUACGCAAAGCUAGCUGAACACGAAGUGCAAAAGCUCAGUUCACUGGAGCAGCGUCUCUCGGUGAAUAGGCUUUUUGAUGGGACAAAGAGCGCGCUUUUGGAGGCCGCGCGUGAACGCGCUAAGAGUACGCCCAAUGAAAGGGCCGAUCUCACUACAUUUAUGGAUCUUCUCUAUCAGCGCAUUGAACGCGUCGCCUUGCCGGAGCAGCUCCGUGAGGUACAAAGUGAGUUGAGUCAAAUUGAGGCAUCCAUUUCGCCCAUGGAUUCUGGUUUGAGAUCCGAGCAGGCAAAAAUAGAGACAACGCAAGGGUUCCAAUACAUGAAUCCCCUCAUCUCGGACGCAAAUACGAGUGGUUCUGAGAUGGAAACGGCGAAACUGCAGUUAUUGGCGCCGGGGGCCGCGACCCCUGUUAUGGGGCCCGAGCUUCCGCCGCACUGGUACGUGGACGCGACAGGCCGGUCCAGGCCAGAACCAGGCUACGAGGAGCGACAACGAAGGGAGCUUUUUUUGAAUUCCGAAUUCAAGGCGCGCAAGGCAUUCGAGGCGGUUCUGCAUUACACGCCCCCCAAGACCACGGAAGAAGGGCUUCGGGAGGCGGUGGCGCUUGGUAUUGAUGAGGUGCAACUCACCGUGAUGGCACGCCAGCUUAACCAGUCCACGCCUGUGGUAGAUAUGAUCCCUCCACUGCUCCACCAGAUCCAAGAGGCUUUGCUAUUGGCAGUGCCGGCUCGGUUGCGGUAUCGCCUCGAACAGCAGUUCCGCGAUGCCUUGGACUGGAGCUGGAUGAUCAAGCGCACGACUCAAAACCAACACGCGAUGUCCCGUAUCGUUCAAUUCGUUAUUAACCACGUGAUUGUGUACGGCGCCCCGGCGCGAGAGGAGGAACUGAAGGCGGAGUGCCAGAAAGUGUGUCGGAAUUUGGACCGUCUGCACCCGGAGUUGGGCGCCGCGGUCGCUGAGGCAUUCCGGUUUCUUUUCAAAUCGGUGUAUACGCUUCGUCGGGAUGUGGCGGAGUACAGCCUGAGCAUCGUCGCCGGUGAGCUCCAAACCAAUGCCAUCACCUAUAUUCGUGCUUUUAUAGAGCAGUGGCUCCCCGCCCCUCGCCAGUGGCAGAGCUCCAUCGCGUUUUUGCAAAAGUUUAUAAAUACAGAAUCAGUGAAGGACUGGGCUGUGUCAAAAGCGGCCUGCUCCUCCACCAGCCUCACAGACAAGGAACGCCGAUUGCGUGGGGCUUUACAUUUCGGAGCAAUGGACCUCCUGCGGAGUGGGGGCUGCACCAGAUCAGAACGUUGGGAGUUCUUGCCAGGUGAACUAUUUUAUUUUGAUAAGACGGUCAUUUUUUCCUGCGCCAACACCGUACAAGAGUGCAUAUUGCUGCUUUUACUGGAAGGCACUGCUUCUGUCAUGCUUUCUUCUAGGGGUUUCAACAACCAGCAGGUGUCCGACGCUCUCAAAGCCCUACACGAGUUUUUUCUUGAGUUACUUACUCAGGAUCUGAAGCUCAAUACCCUGAAACAGUCGGCCAUUGACUUUCUUGAGACCAGGUUGAGUGCGGCGCCUUUUAAGGAAUCCUCAACACAAAAGCCUGUCACUUCCAACACAUUGAGUGAAGCUGAGAGAAAUGUCUUGAGCUCUACAAUCGACAAAAUGACCGAUACCAAUAGUUCACUUUACAUCUCAUUUGAGAGGAAAGUUCUUCAUUACACAGAGUUAAUCCUUUUUUCGACUUCACCAGGCUCGUUACUACCCAUGGGUCUCGUUACUAAUAUUCUUCAAAGGCAAAUGGGGCUCCUAAAAAGUGCCCUAACUUUCCAUUGGGAAGUUUACCGUCCCUACUAUCGAACACUCGAGGAGUUAUUAACAUUUGAAUCGUGA